AAAUUAAAUCAUUUUAAAAAGAAAUUCUGUGGACAAUUCAACGAGAUGCAGUAUUAGAUUUGCAAAAAAAAAAGGACAAUCAUAUUCUUGGAUCUUCUUAUUUUAUUGGACAAAUGAAAGAAGACAUUUACUAAAUACUAUUCAAAGACAAACAUGGCGAAAAAUAAUGGAAUUUCUAACGAAACUCUCGUCUUCCCAGCUGGUCAAACGCUCAAGGCGAAAAAACUGCCGCAACUUAUAGCAAGUUUUGCAGUAUCGUUAGGAGCAGUAGCAGCAGGUUUAACGACAGCAUGGCCAUCACAGACUGGUGAAGAUGGUAUUAAAUUAUCAGAAACAUUUAAGUUUCCUAUUACACCAGAAGAAUUCUCAUGGAUCGGAUCGUUGGCACCGCUUGGUGCUGCAGUUUCGUGCGUACCAAUUGGUAAACUAUCAGAUAUUAUUGGCAGAAAGUAUGCUAUGUUAUUACUUAUAAUACCAUUUACGAUUGGCUGGUUGUUUAUUAUAUUUGCUAGUUCUGUCAUUUAUUUUUAUAUCGGGAGAUUUCUGACAGGUUUUAGCGGUGGUGCUUUUUGCGUAAUGGGUCCAAUGUAUACCUCGGAAAUAAGUGAGAGUAAAAUACGUGGAAGUUUAGGUACAUUUUAUCAAUUAUUUUUAUGCAUUGGCAUGUUAAUGGUAUAUGCUUUAAGUAAAAUUUUAAAUAUAUAUGAAAUAUCUAUUAUGUGUGGUAUUGCACCGUUAAUCUUUGGUAUAAUAUUCUUCUUCAUGCCUGAAACUCCGACGUAUUAUUUAAUGAAAGAUAAUGAAACAGCUGCCAGGGAAAGUUUUAAAAAGUUACGUGGUUCUCAAUAUAACAUUGAACCGGAAUUAAGUUUAUUGAAAGAGACGAUUGAUGAGAUUAAAAGAAAUAAUGUAUCUUUUCGAAUAGCAAUGCGAUCUAAAGCUUGUAAAAGAGCUAUCAUUAUAUCUUAUGGUUUAAUGACGUUUCAACAAUUGUGCGGAGUUAAUGCUAUAGCAAUUUUUAUCACUUCUAUAUUUGAGAAAGCUGGUGGUUCGGUUAGUGGUAACGACGCUAGUAUUGUAAUAGGUGGGGUUGGAAUAAUUAUGGUAGGCCUCAGUUCUAUAAUAGUAGAUCGUUUUGGUAGAAAAAUAAUCAUGAUAAUAUCUAUUGCUGGUACAUCCAUAUCUACUUUUCUAUUUGGACUUCAUUUCUAUUUUAUAGAAGAAAUAGAUAUAACUAAUGUAGGAUGGUUACCUAUAGUAUCCGUUAUCUCUUUUAUCAUUUCAUUUGGAGUCGCACUUGGUCCACUUCCAUGGAUGAUGAUCAGUGAAUAUUUUGCGCCAGAAACUAAAGGUAUCGCUGCUAGUAGUGCAUGUUUGUUAAAUUGGGUAUUGGCAUUUAUUGUAACUAAAACUUUUAUUAAUUUGAAUAAUGUUAUAAAUACCUACGGUACCUUCUGGGUAUAUACAAUCAUUUGUGCUCUAGGUAUUCCCUUUGUUAUAUUAUUGGUUCCUGAAACAAAAGGAAAAUCGUUAGAACAAAUUCAACGUGAAUUAAGCGCAUAAUUGUUAAAUAUUAAUAAAACAUCAUAUAUAUAUAUAAUAUAAUGUAUUGAGAUCUCUGGCAGGAGUG